UCUUUGAAUUUUUAGUACACCUAAUUAUUACUUAAGAAGUGUUCUUUGCUGGAGGCAAAGUGUCGGUAUUGUUUCUUGUAGCCCUGUAUUAGAGAAAAAAGCAAACGUCCCGUCUUGCUCACAGCGCAAGUUCAAACAGGUCUCGUGUUAUUCGUGUUAUUACAACUCCUCCGUUUGUGUCACCGUUGGGUUUGGACAUCAGCUUCUCCUUAAGCUCAAGGCAUUUUCUUGGAGUUCUUGGUACCUUUUGAGUUAUUGUUUGGACUUUUUGACUUGUGUUGGGAAACUAAACACGUUCUAAUGAGGAAAUUAAUGAGGGAAAAAAACGCCAAACGCAGCAUUUGCAUUGGCGGCGCUGGGGGUAGAAUGUUAGGUUAACGCGUUACAACUUGUUUGGCAACUUAAGGCGCUCUCUCGCGCCUCUUGGCCGUGGGAAGGCUUCGAUUUCAGUGGCGCUUCAGCUGAGCAGCUCACAGAGCCACUGAAUCUGAUGUUAUCUCACGGCUCCUCUGCUUCCUCACUCUUCUAGAGCGCGUUAACGAAAAGAAAUGGCACCUCAUCCUAACAACAGACCCAGAAGAGGUGUCUAAGUGCCAUCCUGCAGUGUCCUUUCGGCCUGGAGGAGGGAGGGUGGUCUGUGUCUUCUUCCGCAACCCUGUUUAUGUCAUCCCCAUAAACUCUGAGGACCUGCUGGCGUGCUUGCUGCAUAUUGUCUGAAUGUGUGAGCCCAGCCCUCCUGCGCUGCAUCCCCAUGCAAACGGUAAUGUGACCAUGGUAGGCGUCGGUGUCAAGCUGGAGGAGGAGGAGUCAGGAGACGGAGGCGGAGUCAGAGAGCGUGAGUCCCGGCAGUCUUCGCCGUCGUGUGACUGGUCAGCCCGGCAGCUGGCUGAACAAGGGGAUGGUGAGAAGAUGACGCCCCUCAGCUCUCAGUCCCCUUUGGCAAGUUCUCCCAGUAAAGAGCGGCCACACACACGCAGUCCUUCCAGCCAAGAUGGAGCAAACAGGGCCCAGGACAGGCCUGAAGCCCAGCCGAACGUUAGCGAGGUGCUGCCCACCAUUGAGAAACUCCUGAAUGCAGACUGGAGAGAGAAGAUUUUGGGGAAGGGAUUCCAAGGCACUGCCAAUGUGAAAGGCACUCCAGAAAGCCUGGCUGAGAAGGAGCUGCAGCUGUUGCUGAUGAUUAACCAGUUGUCCGGGCUGAGGGAGCAGUUGCUGGGAGCGCAUUCGGAGCAGAGGAACAUGGCCGCCCUGCUGCUGGAGAAACAGCAGCAGCAGAUGGAGCUGGCACGGCAACAGCAGGAACAGAUUGCCAAGCAGCAGCAGCAACUAAUACAGCAGCAGCACAAGAUCAACCUCCUACAGCAGCAGAUCCAGCAGGUGAAUUUGCCCUAUGUGAUGAUUCCUGCCUUCCACCCCAACACACAGCCACUGGCCGUGUCCUCUGACGCACAGAUGGGACUGCCCCUUCAGCCCAUCCCCUGCAAACCAGUGGAAUAUCCCAUGCAGCUACUCCCGAAUCCUCACUCCACCCCUGUCAAAAGAUCCAGCGGUACAGUCUUUCGACAGGAGAGCAGUCAGCCCCUGAACCUCACAGCCAAACCCAAGACCCCCAGCCCACAGACUCUGGAACUGACCUCUGCCCACUUGCAGUCAAGCUAUAGACCCAGAGAGCUGCCUCACAGCCCCCCCAGACCUGCGCUGAGCCUGGGCUUCUUGGGUGAGGGGGACGUUGUGACCCAAGCCAUCCAUGAUGCCCAGCAGCUGUUGCGCGGAGGCCAGGGUCCAGCGGGCCGAGAGAGGGACAGAGAGAGGGACAGCAGCACAAGGCUGAGUGACUUUAAGGAGGUCUCUCGAGCUGACCGGCUGGCCCAUGUGGACCGCAGUGAAGAUGGACAGUCCAUGCGAACGAACGAGGAGCACCUCAGCAGUGAUUCUGAGGGGCAGAUCACUGUUCCUGGAGUGGGCUACGGCGAGAGCCGAACCACCUCUUCCGGCCACAUCAAGAGGCCCAUGAACGCCUUCAUGGUGUGGGCCAAGGACGAGCGCCGCCGUAUCCUACAGGCUUUUCCAGACAUGCACAACUCAAGCAUCAGCAAGAUCCUGGGCUCACGCUGGAAGUCCAUGUCCAACCAGGAGAAGCAGCCCUACUAUGAGGAACAGGCCAGGCUGAGCCGGCAGCACCUGGAGCGCUACCCGGACUAUAAAUACAAACCGCGGCCCAAGCGCACCUGCAUCGUAGAGGGCAGGCGGCUGCGCGUGGGCGAGUAUAAGGCCAUGAUGAAGAGCAGGAGGCAGGAGCAACGCGCCUCAUACCCACCUAGCCAAUCAGAGCAGCAGCUGCACUACCCCUCAGCUGAGGGUCAGUACCCCAGCACCCCGGUCUCCAUGGCGCUGCCCCUGCACCCUGCGCUCCUGGAGCACUACCUGCCCCGCCCCCUGGAGCCCCCUCAUGGCCGAGGCCACGAUGAGCCAGAAGCCAGAGUCAAACAGCCCUACAGUGAGGGAGAGGAGAGCGACGGCGGAGAGCGGAGUGAGGGGGAGCUGGUGGUCCUCACCGAUUGAGCAAGAGACAGAAAGAGAGAGAACUAGAAAGGGAACAGACUUUCUGUACACGCUGUGAGGAAAUGUUUGGGUUUGUGGGGAAAAAGGUGCUUUGAAGUGGUUACAUCUGAGGGUCAGUUCACAGAGGAGUGAAGCUUUGCUUUACAUAGACUAAGUUACUUACAGCGGUGAUGACUUAGAUGUUCAGGGAGAUCGUAGUUAGUCCAGAAGCCUGACCAAAGCCUGCUCAGUCGAGGUUUGGUUUUAUUGCGUUUAUAAUCCAGAUGCUUCUAUUGUUAAGUACGGCAAGCGCUUGGGAACUUUUUGAGACGUUCGUUUAAAAGGUAAUUCCACCGUUUUUUUUUUUUAAUUCAUGAAAAAUUCAGUAGUUAAGAUGUAAACAGAGUCAUUCAGAGUGGUUUGAUGUGAAACGUUUCAGUGUAGAGAAACUUACUGACUCUUUACAUGGUGGUGAAAGGAGGCAAUGGUCUAAAAAUGCCUAAAAACUGUGAUCUGGAAAAAUAAGUUUUGCCUUAUAAAGUCCUGCCUGUACCUCUCUGCCAAUUGUGGAUUUUAAAGAUACGUCUUAGGCCAAAAUAUUCUCAAAAAUGUCAUUGUUUUUGUAAACAACUCAUCUAACAACUUUCUGUGAGGGAGCUUUCAGAGGCAUUACACGCUUCAGAUGUCUGGUUCUAUCACCACCAGUGUAAAUAGUUCUGACGCUAGUUUCUCUUUAUCUGAGCAUUAUUAAAUUCAUUAAAGCGCUCUGAAUUAUUUUGUUUACGUCUUAACCAAUUAAAUAUGCAGAACAUGUGAAAAAAUGGUGGAAUUCCCUUUUUCCAGAGCGUUUUAAAAGACAGAUGACCAUCACUUUUUGCUCAUUUAUGUUUUUUUGUCAAAGUGAAAAUGUAAAACCUUUGGAAUCAAGACUGUAAUACAGUUCAGGCAGCCAAACGUACUGAUCUUAAACCACACAGUCACUGUCUUUCUAGUUGUUUUAUCCAGAACUCCGGGCGUCUGUCUGACGAAGCACAUUUAUCUUACACAGGGGUCCUGACUGAGUUUCAGCUUCAACAAGCCUAACAAAUGUAACAGCAGUUAGCUUGUUUUACAACGAUGGUUAACAGCGUUUUCUGUUGACCCAAGUUUAGACAGAGAAUUACCACUGCGUAACGUCUUCUGGGUUUAUCAGAAGCUAGAGGGCGCUCUCAAGCAACUCCAAAAUGAAUGGGUUACUGUGGAGCCUUUGAGCAAAAUCAUAGUUUGGAAAUACUUAAACAUUUUCA